UUUUUUGAGAUCAAAAAAUCAAAAGAUUGAUUUUUAGUAAACAAAAUUAUUAAGAUCAUUUAGAUUUUCUUAAAUUUUAUGUUAUUUAUGUUACAAUAAUUAUAUAAAAGGAUGAAACUUUUAAUGAUUGAGAAGAAUCAAAUAUUAAAAUAUUAUUGUAAUAAAAAAUGAUAUCAACUCAAUUUCGUCAUUCCUCAUCCAUUAUUCGUCCUUUUAUCAAUUACACUUUGCAUCAUCCUUCAAAUUUAUUUCCUAUAACUUCAUCUUUUCUUAAAUCAAACAAAUUUUCAACAACUUCCCAUACGAGAAGUGAUAUUAAUGUAGCACCAGCACCACCAGGAAUACCUCAUUAUCUAACACAUGCUGACUUAUCUGCGAAAGAAAUUUAUAAUUUAUUAACUUUAGCUAUACAACAUAAAUAUAAUGUAAAAUAUUUAAAUAAAAGUUCAGGGGCACCUCUAGCCGGUAAAACUUUAGCCGUUAUGUUUUCAAAGAGAAGUACCAGAACCAGGGUUGCUACUGAAAGUGCAGUUGCAUAUCUUGGUGGACAGCCAAUGUUCUUGGGAUCACAAGAUAUUCAGUUGGGAGUAAAUGAAUCGUUAUUAGAUACGGCAAAAGUGGUCUCAAGUAUGGUAGAUGGUAUAAUGGCUCGUGUUGGGUCACAUUCUGAUAUUGAGACAUUGGCAAAAUAUUCAACAGUACCUGUAAUAAAUGCUCUCUCUGCUAAAUAUCAUCCAACACAAAUUUUAGCUGAUUUAAUGACUUUACACGAAAUAUAUGGACCCCAACCAUCAUCAUCAUCAUCAUAUGUAGCUCAUCAAACUCAUCCAAGCAAAACACUUCCAGGGCUACGUGUAGCAUGGGUUGGUGAUGGUAAUAAUAUAUUACACAGCAUGAUGGCCACAUUUCCUAAAUUAGGUGUACAUUUGAAUGUUGCUACACCGAGAGGAUAUGAACCUGACGAAGAAAUAGUUAGAUAUGCACAAACAGAAGCUGGAAAAACCAACACUGAUUUAAAUUUUAGUUUUGAUCCAAAGGAUGCCAUUAAGAAUGCUGAUGUCAUUGUUACUGAUACUUGGAUCAGUAUGGGACAAGAAGAAGAAAAAGCUCAACGUAUAAAAGAUUUUGCUGGAUAUCGAGUCACAUCUCAAAUGGCAAAAGAAGGUGGUGCAAAAUCUGAUUGGAAAUUUUUACAUUGCUUACCUAGGAAACAGGAAGAAGUUAGUGAUGAGGUAUUUUAUUCCCCAAGAUCUUUUGUAUUCCAAGAAGCCGAAAAUCGCAAAUGGACUAUUUUAGCCGUUAUUGAUGCACUAAUGGUUAAAAAGAGUUUUGAUUAAACUCUGUUUAUUUUAUAAUUUUAUAAAAUUUUCAUUGUUUUGAUAAUCACUUUUAUUCUUUUGUAAUAAGAAUUAUAAAAAAAAAAA